CCGGGCGGGCGCGGGCGCGGCGCUCCCUCCUCCCGGUGCGAGCCAGGAGGCGGCGGCCGAGGGCCGGAGCCCAGCCCGGGCGGGAGCGCGCGGUGAGCCGCCGGGCAGCCCUGCGGGGAGGAGGCCGGCGGGGCGCUUUGUUCCGGGGCUGGAGGUGUGGCCCGGUCCGCGCCCUCCGCGCUGCCGCUGCGCUGCAACCCGGCGCCCCGCUCCGGGCUGUGCGCGGCCUCAGUCCUUCCCACUGCGCGUAACGGUGUGCCGCGGACAAGUCGCUCAUCACCCCGACCUCAGUGGGGAGGGCCCGGCCGCUCGGACUCCGUUGACUGUAGUCACCCCCCACCCCAUCCCCGGGGGGUCCUCCUCGGCUGCCCGGGUUUGACUACCAAAAAGCAUGGCAACCAGCGCUGUUCCCAGUGACAACCUUCCCACGUAUAAACUAGUAGUGGUGGGAGAUGGAGGUGUGGGCAAGAGUGCCCUCACCAUCCAGUUUUUCCAGAAGAUCUUUGUGCCUGACUACGACCCCACCAUUGAAGACUCCUACCUGAAGCAUACAGAGAUUGACAAUCAAUGGGCCAUCUUGGAUGUUCUGGACACAGCUGGGCAGGAGGAGUUCAGCGCGAUGCGGGAACAGUACAUGCGCACAGGGGACGGCUUCCUCAUCGUCUACUCCGUCACGGACAAGGCCAGCUUCGAGCACGUGGACCGCUUCCACCAGCUCAUUCUGCGCGUCAAGGACAGGGAGUCCUUCCCAAUGAUCCUCGUGGCCAACAAGGUGGAUUUGAUGCACCUGAGGAAAAUCACCCGGGAGCAAGGAAAAGAAAUGGCGACCAAACACAAUAUCCCAUAUAUAGAAACCAGUGCCAAGGACCCACCUCUCAAUGUGGACAAAGCCUUCCAUGACCUGGUUAGAGUAAUUAGGCAACAGAUUCCAGAGAAAAACCAGAAGAAGAAAAAGAAAACAAAAUGGCGAGGAGACAGGGCCACUGGCACUCACAAACUGCAGUGUGUGAUCUUGUGACAGCCUGGAGCCCUGGGCAGAGCGACCGUGAACUGCCAGCCCCCGGGACCACCCCACUGCCUACCUGCACUGAGAACCAUUUCUAACCACAGCCCUCGGCUCUGGGCUGGGCACAGGAAGGGAGGAAGGGCAGGAGCAGCCAGGGUCUGGCUUUGCUGCCUCUCCCAGGAGACAAGCAACAGCUUCCAAGCCCUUCGUGUGUUGAUUGAGCCCAGUUCCCAGUCUCUUGGCCGGUGUGUUGUUUCUUCUAACUACAUAGGGCUGGUUUGCCGUGGAAGUGCUUAUCCACAUACAAUGUACCAGACAAGCCAUGAACAAGCUUCCUCCCCGACCCUGUCCCCCAGUGUCUGAGCUCUCAUGUCUUGUAGAUUUUUAAAUUAUUUGAGUAAUGAUUAUUUUAUUAAAGAGGUCUGUGUCUGCUGCCUGGCAAAGCCCCAAGUCUCUGGCAGACCUCUGAUCAAUGUCUGGAACAGUGCUGUUGUGUCCUUAACUGAGUGUUCCUAGCAGUGCCAAACUCCACGGAGGAUGAAAGACUGAAACCGAAGUUAGGGGGAGCCCAUAUCAAAAGCCUGCGGAGGAGUCAAGCCCAGAAGCAAACAGACCCCAGAGGCUGGAAGAGAGGGAGAUGGCUUCACCUGGAAGGCUUGGAAAAAACACAGAGAUUAGAAAAUAAAUCCCUACCCCCACUGCCACUGAUGUGAGGGCUAACUGAACCCCUUCACCCUUAGAGGGAUUUCCUUAUCCUGACAGUGUGAGGCAUGACUGGCUUCGAGAAAGUGCUCAUUUGCAUUUGAGGCAGGGGGUGAAUUCUGUGUUCAGAUGUGGACAGGGCCCCGAGCGGCUCAGAUGUGUGCCUUCUUGCUUGCUCGCAUGUUGUGGUGCCUCUGACACAAACGGGCAAACGUCACACCAUCCAGAAAGCUCUGAACUGAAAGCACUCGGUACUAUCAUCGAAGCACCAGUACCUGAAGCCAUUUCCGUCUGAGUCAGCUGACUAUUACCUUUGUACGCCCAGCCAAUGAGCAAAUCCCCUCUACCAUCGGCACUAUGGUUGCCUUUUGGUGCAAACUUUCAUUGCCCUCUCCUGUCUUAGCCCAAAGGGGAAAGGAAAGUUGAGCUGAUGACAUGGUACACCCACUUCAGCAGGGACACCUCUGGCCAUGAUGCGCCUCUCCCUCCCUGGUGCUGCCGGUGGGGUAAAGAUUUUUUUUUUUUCCAGCUAGGAUCUACUAUGUGGAGGACAGCAGCCACAGGGUACCUUGUGAGAGGGUCAGAAAAGGAGGCAGCAUAGUUGGUGAGCUCAUUUGCUAGCUCACCUCGGAAAAACAGGAUUCCCACGAGGUGGCUGGGCUGAUCUGCAGAAAGAAACUCACGGAAAGAAAUCCCAAGGGAAGCGAGCACCAAGUGGAUUUCCAGCCUCACGAUUCUUUACCAACCCAGAAAGUCCUAAGUUGUUCACACCCAGGGUUCAUCCGCACAGAAGGCCUGAUCCAAGGGGCCAUUCUGCUGCAGAAGAAAAGGAUCGACGCUUUUGCCAGAUAGAGAUCAGACUUCCUACUUGUCAAACUGCCACCCCUACCCCACUUUUUUUUUUCCUGUUCCUAAAAAGGAUACCAGAGAACAUUCCAGAUGAGGUACCUCACCAUUUUCCCAGAUCCUGUAAUACUCAUGAAUAUUUUCAACACUAAAAGGACCAGGUUUUCUCCAGCCUUAGGCUCCGUAGCAGCUGCCUGCCGCCUGGAGAGAGGGGACGGACAAAAGCUAGGUCGAGAUGCUCUCUCAGGGUGCUGAGACGGAAGGCCCUACAAAUCAGGGCAGCAGCCACUGCCAGAGAGGCCCAUCGCCCACCACCGCUACCAGCACACCCCUGCCUCUGGAGCUGUACCUCCACUGUGCUGGGCAGGGCCUCUCCCAGGAAGAAGGGCGGUUGCUUAGACCGAAGCCCCGAAGGUUGGCCAUUCUAACUGCCUCCUAAACUGACUCCCCAUGCAGACAGACAGACUGGCUGACACCUGGCCUUCUGCAGCGUCUGAUUCAGGGCUCCUGUAAGCUUUCACCUCUCUGAGUCACAUUUCCCCCAGAAGUGACUCGGGUAGGGAACACCCCAGAAUUAGAAAUGAGCCCUUGGACAGAGACUCUUCAGUGAGGGCCAUAAAGUAUGCUCAGCGCAUCUCUGUCACCAGCUGACAGGGGAAGUAGGGGAAACCUGGUUGGCCAUAACACUAAAUGACUGGGGACUCUCCAGAUCUAUAGCUGAGUUGUCAUCCUGAGGUUCCCUCUAGAUUUUCAUAAACUUGUGUCCCAUAACAUCCCCUGAUGUACACACCCUCCCUGGAAUCCACUCACCUGUGUGCUCUGAUAUUCUCCCACUACUCUGACACCUCCUAAUAGGAUCUUUUUUCUCCCCCGCUAUCCUCUUUCCCCCUAAAUAGGGCUAAGCUAUGUCUCCUCCCUUCCCACAAGCACUUUGCCUGGAUGUUUCCCUUAGGAGUUUCCCACCUUCCCGUGGGAGUACCGGAUUGGGCUUCCGUGGCCUGUCUUGCCUGCCAGGAGAGAUGACCCACUAACCCAUGCCAGCUCUAACCCCCAAGGCCCCUCAGACCCACCACAUAAAGUCCAGAGCCACAGAGGGGUCCCUUCUUUUAGUGGCCCGCCCGGUUGGAGACUCCACUUUGGGUUGGGUUUACGGGGAAUGCCAGAUACUUGAAACACUGAGCCCUUUGAGUGACAGUAUUAGCAGGUGGCCAUUGUCGUGAAACGAGAGUGAUGCCUGGAUACCUUGAUGAUGCUUGAGCCUUUUAUGUAACUUUUUAUCAAGUCUUUGUGUAUCUCUACUUAUUAAUAAAGAAACAGAGAAACGCUGUCUUAUUUCCUCUUA